AUUAUGUUGCGAGUGUGGAACACCUAUAGAGCCAAACCCUGCUAAUAUGUGUGUUGCGUGCCUACGAACGCAAGUGGACAUCACUGAGGGUAUACCUAAACAGGCAACGCUUUACUUCUGUAGGAACUGUGAGAGGUAUUUACAACCACCCGCGCAAUGGAUCAAAGCAGUGCUCGAAUCCAGAGAGUUGUUGAGUAUUUGCUUGAAGAAAUUAAAAGGCAUCAGUAAGGUGAGGCUAAUCGAUGCUGGGUUUGUGUGGACAGAACCCCACUCAAAGAGGGUCAAGGUGAAACUGACAAUUCAGAAAGAGGUUAUGGGAGGUACUAUCCUGCAGCAGGUAUUCAUAGUUGAGUAUGUGGUGAAUAACCAGAUGUGCACUGAUUGUCACAGGGUGGAGGCCAAAGACUUUUGGAAGGCUGUUGUGCAAGUGAGACAGAAGGCUGAACACAAAAAGACCUUCUUUUACCUGGAGCAGCUCAUCAUGAAGCAUAAAGCUCAUACAGAUACAUUAAAGAUCGAACGCACUCAUGAUGGUUUGGAUUUCUUUUACGCAUCGAAGGAUGGUGGCCGAAAAAUUGUGGAUUUCAUGCAGGCAGUGGUUCCAAUUCGGUAUGCCACGUCACAGAAACUGAUUUCACAUGAUGUACACAACAACACGUAUGCUUACAAGUACACCUUCUCAGUGGAGAUUAUCCCUAUUUGCAAGGAUGAUGUAGUGUGCAUAUCCAAGAAGCUGGCACAGCAGUACGGAAACAUCACUCAGAUCUGUAUUUGCCUGCGAGUCACUAGCAACAUCACCCUUAUUGAUCCGAACACACUGCAAGUGCCCGAGUUCCCAGCCAACGUGUUCUGGCCGAAGCCGCUUCGUUGCGGAUGUGCUUGCCCUUAUUUUUCCAUUGCCGCUGCUGAUGAAUGUGGACGUUGGUUUUUCCAGCACAUCUUGGCGGAUGUGUACGUGUGCAAGGCGACUGAGCUGGGCAUGAGUGACAGCCAGUACCACUGCAGGACGCAUCUCGGACACUUACUUAACCCACUGGAAUAUGUACUUUUUUCAGGGUUCGACUUGUCCAACUCGAAUGUGAACGACCAUCACCUGAGCACAGUUUCGCCAGACAAGAUACCUGACGUGGUCAUCGUCAAAAAGGUGUACCUGAACAGACGUAAGCGAAUCCAGAAGAGAAAGUGGAAGCUGAAGCAUUUGCAGAAGGAUGCGGAUGACACGUCCAGCAUUGAGAGGGAUUACAAUGAUUUUCUGGAUGAUCUGGAGGAAGAUCCUCUGUACAGGAAGAAUAUCAACAUCUAUCAGGACCGAGACAAAAUGGCAGUUGAUACAGAUGACACUGGUGAUGAAGAUCUGCCUCAAAUCACACUGGCAGAAAUGCUUGAAGAUCUAGACUUGACAGAAGCAGCUGGCCAUGGAGGUGAAGAGGGAACCAUGGGAGAAGAAGAUGGUGCAGGUGGUGAAAGCAGUGCAAUGUUGGAGUAAAGCAGAGAGUUGCAGACAUGGUCUAAACUUUGGUUCACUGUGAAUCAUGAUUGAAAUUAUAUUCAAAGGCAUAUUAGUCCCAUUGAUUAUGCAAUGUUGACAAAUGCUAGAGUAACUGGCACCUUGUGUAGUUAAUAAGUACAUAACCUUA